GCGUUAAUUUUUGAUCUAUUUAUUUAUGCUUCACAACUUCCGGUCACCUGCUUGGUGAGAUGGUGUACUUCCCAAAUGGAUGAAUGAAAGAAUUGUAAGGAGGACAAGCAGAAUUGGGGGUAUGCCUCCCCAGUAUGUCAUCAUUGUGAAAAAUAUUUUUAGAAAGAAGUUAGUAUUUUUUGCAGUGACAUAAAGCAUCUAUCCAGAUGAAGAACAGCAAAGUAGAAUUUCAAAUCCCUUGAAAUUGUCACAUGCGAACCUAAAGGAAAGAAUUUCAAACCUUCGUAUAUAUAUGUAGCUAUUUUCUAUAUAAGUAUUAGAGUGUCAUUGAAGCCUCAAGACUGAUGUGUAAAGAAAAUAUGCAAGAUUUAUGCAUGUUGUCAGUAUUGGACACCAGUAUUUAAAAAAGUCCAGUGUAUUAAAACUAUGCAGCAACCACUAUUAAUGAACAACGCUCUUUAAAGUUAAUGUUAUUUGCACUGAACAAAAUCAUAAAAAAGGAUUUUACAAAAUUUGCACAUUUGAGACGAAUAAAUUUCUUUACAAGGACAGAGGAUCAUUGAAAAACUUAAUGAUGGAGAAACAUUUUUAAAAAGAUGACAAAAAUUGCUCGUGGAAGAUAUUCCGGAAUGUGACAGUUGACAUAAGGUACCUUUUUAUUCAAGUUCUUUAAUGGAUUUGAAUGAAAAUUUAAUCCCUGGAUAGUCCUUAUGAAGUUGUUAGAAUAUCUAGAAGAAGGAAUAAUGUCUGGAGGAAUCUUCUAUCCUGGUGAAAAUCUCGACUCUAUGGAUGAGUCGAAAAGAAACCCCUUGCUCUGUUACCUAUGCAAUGAACACUAUGAGGACCCUUGCCUGCUGAAAUGUUUUCACUCUUUCUGUGCAAAAUGUCUACGUGGUCGAGGAGCGGAGGGGAAAAUGAAAUGUCCAUUGUGUGGUAUUGAUACCAUACUAAAAGAUGACCAAUCACUGCCAGCCUCAGAUUCACUGCUGAAAUUCCUGGUCGAGUCUUCCUCUGAGGACAGAGCUCAGUGUGCAAACUGUGAUGCUUGUUCCACCCAAAUGUUUUACUGCAACACUUGCUGUCAGCCUCUGUGCGAGGAGUGCCGUGAGGAGACCCACAGGGCGCGUAUGUUCUCCUGUCACGAGAUUGUCCCCAUGACAAAACGGACAAAAGACAUCCACAAAAGAUGUGCCUUACACAGUGAACCCUACAUCAUGUUCUCAACAGACACAAAAGCAAUGCUGUGCAUCAACUGUUUUAGGGACAUGACCACAGAGAGCAGGUCAUAUUGUAUAGACAUAGAAACUGCUCACAAUCAGGGAUGUAAGAAACUGGAUGAGUCUGUCCAGACAAUACGUGAAUUGCAAAGCUCAGUUCAAGACGGCAUAAUACUUAUGAGAGCCCUGAUAGAAGAGAUCAAGGCAAAUCUUGAAAGAGAAAAAGAUUCCAUCAAAGACCUUUAUUCAGCCAUGCAGGAGAAAAUUGGAGAAACAAAAGAGAUUCUACUGGAGGAGGCAGAUAGACAAUACCAGAACAAACAGAAAGUUUUCCGGGAACAAUUGACAGCUUUGAACACUCUCCUUCCCACCCUCCAUGUUAAUCUGGUCACGUGUGCUGCCUUCACCAGUUCAGCUAACAAGUACGAGUUCCUGGACCUGGCAUAUAAACUUAUGUCCAGGCUACGAGCCAUAGCCAGACUGCAGCAUCCCAUAAGUCCACUUCAGAGUAGCAUGAUUUACACUGAUUUCAAGGCAGAAUUUGCCAGGUGUCUUGAAGGUCUGUUGAGUUUCAAGCCUCUCCGUGACUCUCCCAGUGUCAGCAUGGUCUCGUCCACUGGAACAAAUGGCGGCUCAGUCAGAUUUGAAAUCCCAGUGACGUCAGUGGGUGCAAAGACACCAACCACCUCAACUAUGCCAUUAUUCAACUCAGGGGUACGACGCAAUCUCAUGAACAGCAACAAACAGAAGUUAAUGGAAAAAGAAGGGAUAUUUGCUGAACAUUGCAAGGAAUUCAAUGUGAAAUACCAGGAAAUCAACCAGAAGUUUGAAAAGUUGAAAACUCAGGUUCAGGAGACACACAGAGAUAUGACCUUGAGGCGGUGCCUUAUCAAGAAGUGCUUAUUAAAUGAAAUACUAGAAGAAUGCAGUCAGGUCGAAGCUAAAGUCGCAGAGCAGUUUGACUUGACGGAGCAAAAAAGACCAACUUUGGAAAAACACUGGGAAGAUACUUUUCAGAGAGUGCAAUAUGAGCAGGAGAUAUAUCAAGCACAAAUGUCUGAUCUCAUAAGACUAAAACAGGAAAACCAGCAUCUGGUAGCAAUCUCAAAACGACUGGAGCCUUUUUUGAAGUCAAUAACAGAUGUAACCGAGAGGAUCUCUCCAAAGAGAGGCGAUGGAUGUAAGAACAGUCAAAAGGCAGAUCAAAUGCAUGCCCUGAUGGAGGAGAUUCACACUAUCACUCCAGACUCUCAGCAGAGGGUUGAUGCUAUCAGAAUUACUCAGGAGGAACGCCAGUCUCAGAUAGCUAACAGAACAAACCCUAUGGAUGAUGCUCUCAUUAAAACUAAAGGGCUCUUAAAGGCUCCCUCGGAGAGGAAAGAGAUUGGGAAGAAGAAAGACAGGAUUGUGGCACCAAAAACUGAAACAGGAAGUGAAGAAGAAAUGGAAACUGUUACAGUAGAGAGCACUAUGGUUAAAUCAGUAAUUGAGAAUUCAGCAUUUAGUCAAGCGGAAUGGGAAAGUCCCGUGGAUAUUCAGGUUGAGGAAGCAAGUGAAAUGAGUGAAAGUGAGGCACAAGGUAAAUCAAAGGUCAAGGUUGCUCAAGGUCAAGGUCAAAAUGUCAAGGUCAAUAAUGGAUUGAGUGUGAGUGCGGCUGACUUUCACAUAACGAACGGUAAAGAUAGGACAUCUUCUCCUUCUUCAUCUUCUGAUAUUUAUGAAAGUCCGUGGGGUAGCCCAGGAUCUGGUGAGUCUUGGAUUGCAGAGGGCAGCACAGUCAAUCUCAAAGCAAUAAUCACAAAAAUUACGGUCGACGGGGAAAGUUUUCCUUGCACCGAUGAAAAGCUCCACACUGAAGCGGAAAUCUCUGAACUGUUGAGUGGAGGUAGCAUUGUGAGCACUUCACCUUUUAAAGAAAUGGACUUGAAGCAGAAAAUUGAAAGCAUGAAAUCUGGAGAAAGCAUUUGUUGCUCGGAAAGUGCCAAAAAAAGUAAGAGGUCAUUAGAGGAAGAGAUGAAGAAAUAGGUGAAAUAUCUGUGAUAUACAGUGACUUUUGAUAUGAUAUUUUCUCCACAGAUUUUGAUAUUUUGAAGCAAAUUCUAUGCUUAUAAUAUAGGUGCUCCAGAUAAUGUAUGAAUAUAUCUUUCACACAAACUUUGUUAGUUUUCAAGUUUAAGAGCAGUAUUCUUAUUUGAAUUAUAAGAUCCAGGUUACUUGGAUUCUUUUGAGUGACAUCGAUUUCUUUUUGUUGACGAUCUCAUGUGAAAUUUUGUAAACAGUAAUCUAGUCUUCAUUGUCAAAUACUCAAUUAGUAUAUGCAACUUUAACUAAAUGCUUAAGUUCUUCAGUUGGGAUAUAGAAAGUGAAAAUUUUGUAAUACCCCCCCCCUCCUUCUCGGAAUUCUUUCCCUGGUUACAAAAAUUGACUUUGAGUUAAAUUUUUCUGUGAUUUGAAAAGAAUGCCAGGGUACAUACAUCUUUUGGUAUGUUUGAAUGUAUAAAGCAUCUCUGAGGAAACAAGAGAUCUUUCAUUUCAGAAAUAUGGCAAUAAACUGCUAAAUUUUGUUAGCGUAGGUUCCCCUGUGAUAUGUGUAAAGACACUAUAGGUGGCGUCACCUCCUCCUUUCAGACACGUAUUAUAAGAUUCAUACUCACAAUGUACAUCCUCAGCAUGCACCAAAUUAGUUGUCUGUUAUUUAUUAUAACUAUUUUAUUAUUAUAAUUAUUUGAU